AUGAGCUGCAACGACGACCCCCGUAUCCAGUCGGCUUUGUCCCAUUCUUUACAUCAGGGCGAAAUUGGUAUCGCGGUGGCAGCCUAUCACCGGGGAGAACUCAUCGUCAACACCGCAGCUGGCGUGACUAACAGUGAAACAAAAGAACCAGUUGAUGCAAAGACCUUGUUUCCUGUCUUCUCAGUCACCAAGGGAGUGACCGCUCUUGCUAUUCAUAUACAGGCAGAAAGGGGCCAUUUACACCUAGAAACUCCUAUCAGCACAUACUGGCCAGAGUUUUCUGCCAAUGGUAAACACAAUAUUACGGUCGAGGAUGCACUCUCUCAUCGGUCAGGCAUCCCCAAGAUGCCGGCCACCACCCCUCAGCAAUUGGCAGACUGGAACUGGAUGGUGAAACAAGUGGCCCAACAGAAGCCUCAGUUAGAGCCAGGGAGAUACAAUGCCUACCAUAUCCUAGUAUGGGGCUGGAUUCUAGGGGAGGUGGUAGUGCGCACGGAUCCUAAAGGCCGUCAGUUUGAACAGUUUAUUCAGGAAGAGAUUUGCUCCCCGCUUGGAGUGACAGACUUCUACUUGGGUGUACCAGAUGGGGACCUCAGUCGCGUGGCAACGCUCUACGGCGGUGAAUCUUUCGGUAUGGUUGAUGACUAUAAUGCAUGCCCCCCAGGGGUGUAUCCAAGCGGUUCGGUCCACAACCAGCGCAUAAUUCAACAAGCCGUUGAUCCGGGCGCGGGCGCCGUCGCAACACCCGGCAGCAUUGCGCGCAUAUUCGCGCUGAUUGCCCAGGGCGGAACCCUGGACGGGGUGCGUCUGCUGUCUCCGGAACGGGUAGCGUCCUUGACUAGGCCCCGUAAAAACCCACACGACCAGGACAAGGUGCUGCCCAUUCCUGUGUGGUUCGGGGCAGCGGGUUUCUGGCUAGGCGGGCAGCCCGGUGUUUCAGACCCUGUGGUCGGCGCCCAUCGGGAUAUCAUCUACAGUCCUGGUGCGGGGAAUAAUAUUGCUUGGGCCGAUUUGCGAGAUCAGAUUGCUGUGUCCAUUUGUCAUAACAAUAUGGAUGUCUCGGGUAUGACGGAGCAAGUACGGGCUUAUCAGCCAGUUGUUGAUGCUGUCCGCGCCAUUAUCGCCGAUCGACAAGAGGCGAUGAGUUGA